AUGAAGCUAUUUCACCUGUUGUUAUCAACCGUCUUGGCGGGGAAGAAAGACCGACAUAAAGCUGCACCGUUCGACGACGCUGAACUGGAGCAAUAUGGAGAUCUGAGCAAAAGAGAAUGGAAGAAGAUCUUCAAAAACAUCGAUCCAGAGAUGGAGGUUAAUGAGGAAGAAUUCUUUCUCAAAUUCAAGCGCCAGGUUUUCAACUCUGGUCGCUCUGAUAAGAGAAGACGAGGCUUUGAAGCUGACGAGUUCAAGCUCCGUUUCCCAACAAACCAGUGGGACGUAGAUGGAACUUGUCCAGACAGCGUUGCUGCUGAGGCUUGGGAUUACCCAUUUGGCGAUGUCACAAUCGAGAAUCGAGUCGUCAUCGUCGACCGAAGUAUCGAUACAGGAGUUGUACGAGUCCUAACUGGAGGAAAACUCAUUUUCAAAGAUAGAGGACCGACCGGGAAUCUCAUAAAAUUUCGAGCACUUGCUUUGAAGGCCGAAAAUGGUGGAGAAAUUUGGGCUGGCUCAAGAAAGUGUCGAUAUCAAGGAAAACUUGAUAUUGCGCUUUAUGGGAAUCGAAACUCAAUGGACAAGGACUUCGGAAGAAAGUACUUUCACGCCGAUAGAGAUGGUGUUGUAGAGGUGCACGGAAAAGAAAAGUGGCAUUGGACGCAUUUGGAAGAUCAUCUUUUCAAAGACUCAAUUGCUGUCGAACAGCUCAACUGGUCGCAAGAUAAAAAUAACGCGGCGCCAACCCAACUUCGGGGUCAGAAGCGAAUGGUUUUUCACGUCCUCUCUGCUGAAGGAGAUUUGAAAGAUACUUUCAGCAUCAAUAGCGGAAGCACAAUUUCUGAAGAGAUUCAGCAAAAACUCAAUAUAGAAAACCUGAAUCAAGGUGAAAUGGUUAUUUUCUUUACUGAUCUUCAGUACACUCUGACGGCGCCUUUCCGUGAGCUUCUUGUUGGACUUGGCUUUGAAAACUCCGCUUUUUCUGAGGCAUACAGUACUUUCCACAAGAAAAAGUGGUCUCAGCUCGCAGGUGUUAUUAAUACAGCGAAUGGAGAAUCAGAUCUAAAACUAUCUAUUCCCAACGAAUGGAAAGCACCAGCCGCGCUGUACAUUAAUGUUGGGCCAGUUCCGCUCGGAGGUGAAAAAGAAGGCUUUGACUUUGUACUUAAAAUGAAAUCGCAUUGGGGAGACUCUGCGAUCGAGACGAUGCCGAUAUCUGAAUUCCAAGAAAUACUUGACAACCCUUUCGGAAGUGCUACUGCAAUUAACUUUUGGAAUGCCUUCGAGCAGCGUGUAGAGUACUCAAGUUCAACAGCUUGGCAAAUCCCUAAAAUCAAGGUAUCACAUGACAUUUCUUCCUGGGAAGUUGGGGACAAGAUUGUGAUUGCUUCUACGGACCAGGAUCCAUUACAUUCUGAAGUCUUCACCAUCAGGCCAUGCGAUGAUUGCACUAGGUUCGAGAUUAUGCUAGACCGACCGGCUGACUUUACUCACUGGGGUCGAAUUGAUCAGCGAACUGGCAUUGAUCAGAGAGCGGAGGUGGGACUUCUUUCAAGAAACAUUCGAUUCUACGGAGAAAUGGAACCGGUCUGUGACUACGCUAGAACUCGAGAAUCGCUGAACGAAGAUUCCCCUAAUCGACAGGUCAACUGGUGCCCAUAUUUUGCAGAAAUGGAGGGUGAAGAUAUCGACAGACACGGAGCCCACAUGGUCGGAACGAAGAAGUUCAGGAACUUCCACGUCUCUCACAUUGAGGUCUUUAAUGCGGGGCAACCAUGGCUCGCUAGAUAUCCUCUCCAUUGGCAUCACGCUGGGUAUGUUGGCAGAAUGGGAGGAUACGAAGAUCCGAGUUCAUUUGAAUCCGUCUCUGUUCACGAUUGCUUCUCACGUUUCGUCACCGUGCACGGAACUCAUGAAGCAACAGUGAAGAACUUCGUCGGAUACAAUACUGUCGGUCACGGAUUUUUCAUGGAAGACGGUGUUGAAACCUACAAUCACAUCACUGGAAACUUGGGCAUUGUCGUCAAGCCUGGAAUCAUUCUUCCAACUGAUCGUGAUGGGUCGAUCUGUGAAGCAGCAAAUGAUCAAUAUAACGGCGCUGAAAUUGGCCGAGCACCUUGCGAAGCUCUUUCAGUCUUUUGGAUGUCUCACGGUGCUAACUGGAUCCAUGACAACGCUGCUGUCGGUGGCACUGCCGGAUUCUGGUUCUUCCAUCACACUGCUUCAGAAAAAUAUCAGUUCGAAGCCAUUCCGCCAAGUAAAGAAACUGGUCGCCGAGAAUGGAGGAACAACAAAGCCUCUGCUGCUACUUACGGAAUCAUUCGUUCGGGAACUGUGAAGGAUGAUGGACCAACUGCAUCCCAUAACGCUCCCUUCUUGUCGAUGCUUCCUGAAGGCGAUCCAACAGGACUGAAAUACACUGCGAUGCCAGAAAAGUGGCAAGACGGCGAUUUCAAGCCAAAUGAAGAUCGAAAAAUUGACGAUUUGCGACCAAAUCUCUGGGAGCGACCAGAGUCAAACUGGGCGGACGAAUAUUUUGUUGGUUUUAAAGUUCACCAUACAACGAAAACGAACAAGAUUGAAGGAGCAAACGUCCAUCUUGAAAAUUGGCAGGUUUCUGACAACGCCAAAGGUUUCGAGUUGGUAACAUCUGAGGGUGUAUACGGGGCGAAGAAAACAAUUACUGACUCAACCUUCGUUGGUUUCACAAAAAACACUGGACACAUGCGCUGCUAUGAGCUUGAUGAAGGAAGCAGCAUAAAAUCAAAGAGUCUUGACCAGCUUAUGGACUGCUCGAUUGAUGAUAAGCCACAGCUUCCUAAGCCGAACUCAGUAGAGGAAUAUAAAUACAGCUGGUAUAAGCCAUCAAAUGAUGUUUACCGACAAGCUCCUCUCCCACGAGAUGAAAUCCAAGGCGGUAUCGUGGUAUCCGCAUCAUCCGAACCAACCAUCAUUUCUAACAACCGCUUCUUUGACUUUUUCCCAGACAGUGCCGGCUUUGGCGCGAUCAGAGCACCAAUCGUCCCUGGAAACAACUCUCGCUUUACAGUUAACCCUGAAAAUGUAGCUCUCCAUUCGAACCUUUUCGAAAACUGCCCGCUGAUCUUCGGAGAUGACAAGUUGAAUAAUGAUAAUAAGGCUGAUCGUGAAAUGUUCGCAAUUUCCGAUGUUUCUGGUCGGAUAACUGGUCAUCCCGGAUACGUGCUUCGAACAGAGAAUCCGUUUAUCACCACUGGGUGUGAAACUGGAACGGCUAAUGAUGAUUACCCAGUGCAGUCGAUCUACAAACUUUGUCCGUUUUCAACUCAGUUGGGCGAGAUCGAUGUUACAUUCCCAAAACCUAUCGGCGGAUGGCUAGAAAACAACGAAAACGAGAAAGGCGUCGAAUUCGAUGAAAGCUCGAAGCUUUCGCUUACCGUUGAAGCGGGGAAAACCGUUACUUUUAGACCAUCUCUCGAUGCCAAUUUCGUUCCAGUUGGUGAUAUUCACAUUGGACUCCAGAACGCGAAAGAGUCAAGUGAAUUUAGAUUCUCGCUUUGUGUCUAUGAUGAGACCAGAUACUCCGUUCAAGGACUGCGUGAAAAAAUUGGGCACAAUGGACUUUCCUUCUCUCUCCCUACUUUUGAGGCUGGCAUGGUCACUUCAUUCGCUAAUCUGGCAGCAAGCGCUCUCCCCAUAGCCUAUUUCUUUGAUGAUGGAUGGAUUCAUGUUAAGAUAACCGAGACAAAUGAUCGACGAGUCGGAGGAUUCUUCGUCGAUCAAACUGGUUCUGGCUACGGAAUUGCCGAUAGCGAAGAUUAUUUUACUACUGGAUGGCCUUUUGUUGGCUUAGAAACCGGCUCUUAUCCGUUUAGCAACGUUGGUGGAAAACUCAGAAUGCAACUCAUCGAUGCCUACGAUUUCGACACCCAACUCUCUGGCAAACAAAUUGCCGCCACUGGAACAUGUGGAGACUUUGAUGACUCAGGAGAACAAGACUAG